UGCACAGUAGUUUGAGUCCUCGCCAAAAGGGUCAUGGUUAGAAGGGAUACAGAUUUUAUCAAAUUAACGUCAAAAGUAAACAUUUGGGGGAUUUUAGCUAACCAAUUUCGUAACCUUGAUGUAAUUAUCAUAACCGCAUACGUUAAUUCCCCAAACCUGCUGCGUAACAUGGUCUCCUAACCUGUUACGAAAAGUCAAAUCUGACAAAAGCCGUAUCCUCUCUAGUCAAAACCAACAAAAAGCGGAAACAAAAGAAAUCGCAAAUUUCUAGAAACAAAUUUUGGUGAGCUGGGCAGAGAUACAGGCAUACAACUGACAGCUUUCACUGUUAACACCAUACACCUAACUCAGGAGGGCUGACAUGGCUUUGAAAAGAAUACAGAAGGAGCUACAUGACUUGCAAAGGGACCCUCCUGCUCAAUGCUCAGCUGGACCAGUUGGAGAGGACUUGUUUCAUUGGCAAGCCACAAUCAUGGGACCUACUGACAGCCCAUAUCAGGGAGGAGUGUUCUUCCUCACCAUCCACUUCCCAACAGACUAUCCCUUCAAACCACCAAAGGUAGCCUUCACAACAAAAAUCUAUCACCCAAACAUAAACAGUAAUGGUAGCAUCUGUCUGGACAUCCUGAGGUCACAGUGGUCCCCAGCACUUACAGUUUCAAAAGUUUUAUUGUCCAUAUGCUCUUUGCUAUGUGACCCAAACCCAGAUGACCCCCUAGUCCCAGACAUAGCACACAUCUACAAGCAGGACAAAGAAAAGUACAACAGAUUAGCAAGAGAUUGGACUCAAAAGUAUGCAAUGUAAAGGACUGAAGUUUGAGACAACGGAAGAGGUUUAAGCAAAUUAACUUCAUGGACACUUCUGAAAACAGUACUGUUGCCACCCCUCAUCCACACUGGUUCAAGAAGAAGUGUUGUAUAUGGGAAGCACUUUCUAUCCCCAAAUUAACUGCUUUUAUGCUAUGAAGUCAUUAUUUUCCUUUUGUUUGACGUUCCCAAUGUUAUAUAACUUAUUAUUGAGUUAUUUCUGAGAUGACCCAUACAAAAAACAGACCAAUUAUGACUCCACCCCCUCCAUCUUAUAGUUUUUUUUUCUCCUUUUAGAGAUUUUUAUUGUGUAGUAUAAAGCUAUACUGAAUCUAUUUUUAUUAUUUUGCAUUAAAAAGUUAAACAAAAAAAA